AUUUGAUUUAUUUAUAAAUAUAAAAUAAAAAUGUGCAUCUGCUACUUCAGCUAUUCACAUAUUUAAAGUAUUAUGAUUCCUCAAUAAUAGGUUGCGUGGGUAAAGUUUAGUUAGCACACACAUUCAUUAGCUAUUAUGUAAACAUAUUGAUAGAUCAGCGGGCACCGAGCGCACGAAACACAAUGAAAGCAACGCUUUAUCACUGGACCAACAUGACAGCACUGAUAACAACUUCUAAAUUGUUCAAUAACUUCAAUAACUAAAUACCCAUGUGAACUUUUUGUUUAUCUAAUAUCAACCUUGUGUACACUGGAUAUGACACGCUGUACCUAUUCUACACAUUAAAGUUUAAAAUUGUAAUGAGGAUAAAUAUGCUGAAUAUUAUAGUAUUGAAUGAUAUUAAUAUAGUGGUUUCCUGUAGUGAGUGUGCAGACAGCAAGUGUCGAGCUGAGAGCUCAGUGUAGCGCGUGGCGUGGCCACAUGUGCCCGCGCUCCCUUAUCAGUGCGGCGAGCUGUGUAUCGCCCGCUACACUCUCCUGUUAUACUGCACGGUUACUCUCAUGUUCACUUGUGAUGUUCCUGAUUUGUGUGUGUAAAGCAACUUGCUGCCUGAGACAGUUUGCUCAAAUGAUUUGACCAGUGUAACAGCAGUGUGUGCACAAAACAAUGCGCCUGUGGAGUGUUGUGAAGUGCUUGAGGUGUGGUGUGCGGCGCGGUGAGCGCGCCGGCGCCAUGGCGUCCGUGCGGCGCUCGCACUGCGCGGCGCUCGCGGCGCUGGGCGCGCUGCUGCUGCUGCUGCUGGCGCGCCUGCCGCCCGCCGCGCCGCCCCCGCGCCCCGCGCCCCUCGCCCCACCCGCGCCCCGCGCCCCACCCGCGCCCGCCAACCGCACGCAGCCGCCCUCCGAGCCGCCGCCCGCCUCCACGCCGCCGCCCGCCACCGCGCCGCGCGGCCCGCGCCCCGUGCUCACGCGCGACGUGUACGUGGCGGGCCACGAGCGGCCGCACGCCGAGCUGUGCCCCGCGCUGGGCGCGCGCCUGCGCCUCGUGGUGCUGGUGACGUCGGCGCCGGGCCACGCGGCGGCGCGGGACGCCGUGCGGCUGACGUGGGGGCACUACGCGGCGCGGGCGGACGUGGCGCUGGCCUUCGUGCUGGGCGCGCCGCCGCCCGCGCUGCGCGCCGCCAUCGACGCCGAGGACGCGCUCUACGGCGACGUGAUCGUGGGCCGCUCGCUCGACUCCUACUCCAACCUGACGUUGAAGACGCUGUCCAUGCUGGAGUGGGUGGACACGUACUGCCCGCGCGCGCCGCGCCUGCUCAAGACGGACGACGACAUGUUCAUCAAUGUGCCGCGGCUGCUGGAGUUCGCGGCGGCGCCGGCGCGGGCCAACGCCUCGCGCACCAUCUGGGGCAAGGUGGUGCGCCGCUCGCUGCCCAAGCGCACCACCAAGUCCAAGUACUACGUGUCGCCGCUGCAGUUCCCGGCGCGCGUGUUCCCCGACUUCGCCACCGGGCCCGCCUACCUCAUGACGGCGGACUGCGUGCGGCCGCUGCUGGCGGCGGCGCCGGCCGAGCGCUACGUGCGGCUGGAGGACGUGUUCGUGACGGGCAUCCUGGCGGCGCGGCUAGGGUUGCGGCGGACUCACGCGCCGGAGUUCUACAACAAGAAGGUGGCGGCGCACCCCUGCGCCGUGCAGCGCGGGCUCGCCAUCCACAUGGUGCGCUACCACGAGCAGUUCGACCUCUGGCGCAAGCUGCUGGACGGCAAGACCAAGUGCGCCAGCUAGUGCGCACCCCUGCACGAACACUGAAUCUCACUUAGAUACGAUUACUUGUACCUAUGACUUUUUUAUAUAAAGUACAAAGUGUUAGCUUAAGCGUCUUUCCGCAGAGGACUGCGUGGCGCCUCGCUCGCGGCCCGCCGGGCCCCCGGUCCCGAGCGCGGGCCCCCGGUCCCGAGCGACGCGCGGUAGUGACGUUACGAUGUAAUCGAUACACAUUGUACGCGUAUUGUAUUGGGUAACUGCGCGAGCAGUGCAGGUUGUGCCAGAUGUAAAUAAUUAUAUAGUAUGUAUGUUGUA